AUGGGGAAUGUACUAGCUGCCUCUGUACCUCCUCCACCUUCGCCGCCACCUCCAACUUCAGGAUUACUUCCGAAUUUAGAAAAACCAGAUUUAUCUACGGGAUUGCACCCGUCUACCAAAUCUUCGGAUAGCCUAUCAAAUCCAGGCACGAUCGAGGAUCUUCAUAAAAAGUGUAAAGAUGUAUUCCCUGUAAAUUUUGAAGGUGCAAAACUAAUGUUCAAUAAAGGCCUUAGCAAUCACUUUCAAAUUUCCCAUACAAUAAAUAUGAGUUCAGUCGCACCGUCUGGAUACAGAUUUGGAGCAACUUAUGUUGGUACACAGGAGCCAGUACCUUCAGAAGCUUACCCAGUUUUACUAGGUGACAUUGAUCCAAGUGGAAAUCUUAAUGCCAAUAUAAUUCAUCAGUUUGGUCAGAGGAUAAGAGGGAAAUUAGCUACUCAAGUACAAAAAAGUAAAUUCACCGCUGUGCAAAUGACAACGGAUUAUCGCGGCGAUGCUUACACGUUGUCUUUCACGGUGGGCAAUCCAGAUAUACUAAAUGGUUCUGGCGUUUUCGUGAUGCAUUAUCUACAGAGUAUAACACCUUCCAUCGCUUUGGGCGGAGAAUUAGCUUAUCAAAGAGGCCCUGCUAUACCAGGAGGUCAGGUUGCUGUUCUAUCAGCGGCCGGAAGGUAUACAUGCGAUGAUUCCACAAUCAGUGCUAGUCUAGGUUUUUCUGGUUGUCACCUUUGUUUCCAUCAAAGAGCUAGUCCGCAGUUACAGGUUGGAGUGGAGUUGGAAAUAAAUUCUAGAAUACAGGAAUCCACCGGCACUAUCGCGUAUCAAGUCGAUUUACCAAAGGCCGAUUUAAUAUUUAGAGGGAGCGUAGAUACAAAUUGGACAGUGGGUGCUGUAUUGGAGAAGAAAUUGCAGCCAUUGCCAUUCUCAUUUGCGUUAAGUGGAAUGAUGAAUCAUAGUAAACAACAAUUUCGGCUCGGCUGCGGUUUGAUAAUCGGUUAAGGCUAGGCAUUUAGUUGAAUAUCGGUCGAGUACAUAAUCUAGCCAAGCGAUGAGAAGGAGAGAAACGCAGGAGUGACUUGACCACUGCGUACCAUAAUUAAGGGAACGUUGUAAUUACUAUCGAUGAAACCCAAUUGAUUAUCUUCUUCUCGUUGAUUACCUCGUCUGUUCGCUAUUGUGUUUAUACGACCAUUUUGUUUGUUUAUUUUUUAUUAAAGAUACACCGUACCAACAGGGUUUGCUCUCAUUGUGUACAUUCUUUUAAUUUAAGCUGAGCGCCUGUGUGUGUGUAUGGUUGCAUUUACAGUCGAUUAAUUUAUUAGUGUAACUUCUGUUUGGAUUAUACAAAGAACACGCGUGUAUUCAAUAAUACGAAAUAUAACGUGAAAUUUUCAUACAUUGACGCAAGUACAAGUACAACGCGAGCACUGAGAAUAUGGGGCACGCGCGCGUGCAUAUACGUGCAUAAAUGCUUGAAACAAACGGCGAUAAAGUUGUUGUUUCGUGCUUUGAAAUUACGAAAAAAAUUUUUAAGGAACGUUAUAAAUUUGACUACUGUUGUAAGAAUAUUAUCGACGUUAAACUUUGGUAAAUCAUACAGAUUUCAUCAUCGUUUCUCGUAACCGUAGCUUGAUUGCAAAAUAUCGAGCGAGUAAUCUUUUCUUUUAUUUUUCAUUCAGAUACGAUGUAGGACAAAAAACAAUUUUGACGAUGCUCAUCGUUACCGCUCGUGAGGAUCAACCGAAUGAAAUAUAAAUCUUCUGCUAGCGUCUAUUUUUCUUCGUUUAACAAUUGUAAGAAACAGUGGAGGCAGAAAGAAAUGUAUGGUGAACAGAGAAUGAAAUUAAAGAGGAUUGAGAUGAAA